AUGUCGUUCUUUCGGUCAUUGGAUGCGGUCAAAGGCAUGCCUCUGAUGACGCCGGAGCGGGAGGCUGCUUUUAGGGCGGAAAAUCGAUCGGGAGAGGUGUAUACAAUACAUAUCAUCUUCUUCGUCCUCUCGAUUCUUUCAGUGUGUGCGCGGCUUGCUGCGGCGAGACAGUCUGGUCGGAGGCUGGCUUGGGAUGACUGGCUAUCGGUCUUCAUCGUCGGAGUGUUCAUUGGCACGAUGUUCUGGCUCAAGUUUGGGCUUGGUAGACACGAAGUAGUUGUCCACGAGGAAGAUCCCAUGAACAUUACCCGGUUUUACCAGACCAUUUUCGCCAACGAGAUUAUGUAUCCGAUGGGACUGGCAAGCGCGCGGCUAUCACUAGUGAUACUAUAUCACCGCAUCUUUGGGCUCUUCAGUGCAAGAUAUUACUUGUAUGGUCUCAUGUUCUUCAUCGGAGCGUGGGCAAUCUACGCCACAAUCCCAACAAUUGUAGCUUGCAUACCCGUGCAAAACUUCUGGACUACACAUAAGAAUUGCCUUGACCUAUCUAAACUAUAUAUCAGCAUAGCAGUCGGCAGUAUCGUGACCGAUUUUGUGUUGAUUCUCAUUCCGAUACCUUACGCCAUGAGGUUGACGAUGUCACCUUUCAAGAAGAUGCUUCUCAUCUCGUCCUUCGUCUUUGGCGGUUUCAACUGCUUCAUCACCAUCAUACGACUAGUCAAAGUCUCGACCUUUGACUACAAAGAUCCCACAUGGGGAACCGUCGACCUCAUGAUCUGGACCGGACUAGAGGCUUAUUGUGCCGUGAUCUGCUGCUGUCUACCGACACUUCGCCCCUUACUUCAAGUCCUUCGUUCCAAAGCUUCCAAAGACACCAACCAAAAUGGGGGCGGAAUGAGUCAGCCCGACGUCUAUCUGAAAAUGCCACCGGAAAUAGCUUCCCGCUCAUCCGAGGAGGCACUUGAGGAACACGACUUCGUCAAGAUGAGUCUCGCAGACCUCCAGCAAUAUAGCCGGGGCACGAUGAUCGAAGCGGGAGGGACGGCACUGGUGUAUAGGCAGCCGUAG